AUGUCGUCGCAGACCAUGACUGCGCCAGCCGUGGGCCAUCGACCGCCUGACCCAGGCUCCGAUAGCCCGCUGUAUGAUUAUGGCUGCUCACCAAACACCACAACCCCUUCCAAUCCUCGAGACGACUCCGCAAUCCGCGACAUGCAGAAUAAUUCUGCCCCGUCAACUCCCAAUGGGAUGCCCGCCCCGGACGUCGCAAUCAAAACUGAAUGCUCGGACAACAACGAUUUUUCAGCUGCGCAACACCAACAAGAUGCAAAUACGCAAAGCGCCGCAAGUGCACUCCUAGCGCAGCUCCUCGGUAAUCAACCUGCGGCCAACGCUACCCCAACUACAAUACAACCUGCACAACAGGACGAGGACCAGGAUAUUCAUAUGGAUAUUAAGAUGGACGACUCAAUAUCACGGUCAUUUGACAUGUCUGCACAGAACCCCACGCCCAUCGACCCGAGCUUACACCAAGACACCGCCUCGAUAUCUCGCGAGAUUCAGGACCUACUGAAUGGGAAAGCUUUAGGUGACGAGCUCAUGGGAACAAAUUCUGCACACCACGAUAUGAGCCAUACAGGAUUCAACUCGUCCGAUGCCAUGAAUACCUUGUCCGACCCAAUGAACCCGAAAUUGAACAACGAGCAGCCCUCGCUCCUUCCAGCCUUGGACUUUUCUGCCGCCCCAAAAAAUGCGUUUGAAGCUCUCCAGCAAAACGAACUGCUCACAGCCGCCUUCCUUUCGCAAAAUGCCGAUCUGUCAGCGCUAGGAUAUCAAGAUAUGGCCGCUUCAAUUGCUGGAUCUGAACCUAAGAUCCAAGCAUUUGCCAAGUUGGAGUUUGAUGAUGGGCAUUUCUACGUCAAUACCUAUUCAUUCAUUCUAGGGCGAGACGUGCGCGCCGCCCGCGCCGCCCAUCACCGAGAGUUCCAGUACCGGCAGGCCGUGCGCAGCACUCGGGCGAAGAGUUCAAGUGGAGGAAAUACAUCUCACACUCCCAACCGCAUGAAACGGGAGGAAAGCGCUGCCAUGAUGGGCAGUGUUGUCAGUGAUCGGGGAGGUAUUAUGGGCUUUGAUCCAGAUAUACCCCCCCAUCUUCCGAACAAUAUGAACGUGAGCCGGCGGUCAUCAAAAUCCUCCUUUGAUGAUGCUGUUGUACCGUUACAUGCUAACCCGGCUCAACUACAAUCCACAACCGACUACAAUGCGCUCGCCAUGCAAUCUUUGCAGGAUGGAAACGGAGACGCAAAACCUGUUGAUGCGCUGGCUUUGCUCCCAUCCCCUGAUUCUUGUCCUACCAUCCCAAUUCACCCCCCAACGACCGUUGACGGCAGUGCUGCAGGCCAUCGAGGGAUUUCCCGAAGGCAUGUCCGAAUCUCAUACAACUUUGAUCGUAAUUUGUUUGAAAUGGAAGUAAUGGGACGCAAUGGAGCAUUUAUUGGGGCUGAUUGGCUAUCGCCAGGGCAGGUUCGCCCGUUACACAGCGGCGACUACAUCCAGAUUGGAGGCGUGCGCAUCCGGUUUUUGCUACCAGAUGUUCCCAUCGGCGAAACUGGAGCCGACCGGGUGGAAGAAAAGAUGGCGGAAAAGCGUGAAGAGGAAGAAGAGAAAGAUGCCCGUGCUUCGAUCGAGAUGGAUGAUGAUAUCGAUGAAUCCGAGAGGCUUGGAAGCGACAGCGGCGAGAGCAGGGAACCUUCAAAGAAGAUCAUCCUCAAGACAAAGGAUUCCAAAUUGUCUCAAACGAUGGAUUCUAUCGAGCCUGGGGAUAAUGAUUCGCAGCCGGCCCGCCGCCGGGGACCAGGACGCCCUCCCAAGGAUGGGAUCAUGUCUAAGCGCGAGCGAGCUGAGCUUGCCCGGGAGCAGAAAAACGCGGCCAAGCGCGAGGCCAACGGAGGUAUCACGCCACCUCCACCUAAGAUACCCAAGGCUGGGAAGACAGUUGCCAAAGAAUCUGUCGUUCCCGAGUCGCCAAAACCGUCCGAGAAGCGGAAAUACACCAAGAGAAAGAAGCCAGAUGGGACCCCAAUGGAUUCUCCCCUUCCCUCAACAGAAGGGGGCCAAAUGUCUGCAGAGCCACCGCAAGAAUACGUCAAACCCCCACCGGUCAAAAAGCGCAAACCAUCACGGUCACCGUCUCCUAACUACCCUCCGGAGUCUGCUUACAAUGCCGAGGAUCUGGCAAAGCCCCCGUACAACUACGCCGUUCUCAUCUUUGAUGCUUUGACGGAAGCCGGAACGCCAAUGACGUUGAAGCAGAUCUACCGUGCGCUGAAACUGAAGUAUCCCUACUUCCGCUUCAAGUGUGAGACUGAGGGCUGGACAUCCAGUGUACGGCACAACCUGAACGGCAACGGUCAUUUGUUCAUGCACGCAGAGCGAGAUGGCAAGGGUUGGUCAUGGCAACUUAUUCCUGGCGCGUCGGUUGAGAAGGAAAAGAAACGACGCCCUUCGCCGCCACCGCAGGUGUCCCAUCCUCCUGCGCCUGUUCCCCAGCAGUACAUGCCCAUGUCUCACUCUUAUGCACCACCACCUCAGGGCCCUCCGCCGGUCCCAAAUCCGCCACAGCAUUUCCAAUUCCCUUCCAUACCGCCUGCUCCUUUCCCGGCAUCUGUUAAUGUGGGGGGACCACCACAUUCCAGUCCCUACCCACCUCCAUCGAAGGCCCCUGCACCUACACCCCCCGCUCCUCCUCCUGCUCCCCCGGUUCAAGCUCCUGCUCCUCCGGUUCAAGCUCCUGCUCCUGCUCCGCCCCCACCUCAGACUGUGACACCGGCACCGGCACCGGCACCGACGGCACCGCCGCCGGCCUCGGCACCAGCACCGGCACCACCCAUCAAUCCAGCUGCAUCCUUCCCCAUCCCCAGUCAGCUCCGCAACAACCUCCCAGCUGCGUUUGCGGCGACCAUCCCUUCAACCUACACUUCGCCCUACGCAUCCGCCCCUGCUCCACAAGCCGGCCAGCAGCAACAGUUGCAGACCCCACGACCUCCUCACGGACCACCUCAGCAUCAUUCCCCUUACGCACAACAAAAGCCGCCAUCAUCUCAACCUCCUCAUAACAACCCGCAGCCUCGAGCUUAUCCCCCAUCUGGCGGAACCCAGUUUCAACACCAGCACCAGCAUCAGCAGCAUCAGCCACCGGUCCAAACCCAGUCGCAGCCACUGUCGCAUCCUCCUCAGCAGCAACAUCCGCUGUCUCACCACCAACACCAGCCACAGCAUCAGCACCAACAGCAUCAGCAGCACCCGCACCAGCAUCAUCCGCCUCCAGGCCUCCCGGCCCACUCUCAUCAUCAGCAGCAGCAGCAGCGACACCCUGUCCAGCAAAACCCUACACCAGGGCCACAAGAGUCAUCCUCGUUCAUUGAUCGAGCAAACAAGGCAAUCGAUGACUUCGAAGCUGUUCUCAUGGAAGAUUACGAGGACAAGAACUACAUCCGGGAAGUUCUGCGGAGUGCGCGCGCACGUGUGUUGGGCGAUGCGCCAGAAAGCUCCUUCCCAGGUGGCGAACCAAAAGACGAAGCCGUCAUCAUGGACGUGCUACGGAAUUUGGUCGGAAGUCUGAAAGACGAGUGA